AUGUCACCCCACAGCGAGGUUUCAUUCAACGGCUCCGAGACCCCAGUCUCCAACGGUACCACCAACGGUCACAACGGCACAAAUGGCACCAACGGUAUUACUAACGGCCACAACGGCCAUGUCAACGGUAACAGCAACGGAAACGGAGCUGCCCCUGCUGCUCGCCAUGGACCCCGAGUUCACAAGGAGAGAUCUCCUUAUCUCGAGUCCGCUCCCACGGAUUCUGAGUUUGAUCUCAUCUGCGCUGGCUUCGGCCCCGCAUCUUUGGCUGUAGCCGUCGCUAUUCAUGAUGCCAUUGCCGAGGGCAAGAAGCUUCGCCCUGAUGGCGCAGCUCCCAAGGUUCUUUUCCUGGAGAAGCAGACCAAGUUCGCUUGGCACGCCGGUAUGCUGCUCCCUGGAGCCAAGAUGCAAAUCUCCUUCAUCAAGGAUCUGGCCACUCUUCGCAACCCCCGAUCUGAGUUUACUUUCCUCAACUACCUCCACCGUCAGGGUCGUCUCGUUGAUUUUACCAACUUGAGCACUUUCCUCCCUGCCCGUACUGAAUACGAGGACUACCUUCGCUGGUGCUCUUCUUGGUUUGACCAUGUUGUUAGCUACAACAACGAGGUUCUCUCUAUCUCCCCCGAGAGCAAGGAGGCCGGUGCUGUCAAGACUUUUACCGUCCAGGCUCGCAAUGGCAAGACUGGCCAGGUCCAAUCUUUCCGCAGCCGUCACGUUCUUGUUGCUGCUGGUGGCCAGCCUUCGCUCCCCAAGAGCCUCCCUGCUAAACACCCUCGUGUCCUGCACUCUUCUCAAUUCGCCAACUACGCCCCUCAGAUCCUAGCUAAGCAGAACGCUCCUUACCGUGUUGCUGUUAUCGGUGCCGGCCAGAGUGCCGCCGAGAUCUUCAACAACGUCCAGAACCUGUACCCGAACUCCAAAACAUACCUCAUCAUGCGCCAGGAGUUCCUGCGCCCCAGUGAUGACUCUCCAUUCGUCAACUCCAUCUUCAACCCUGAGUACAUUGACAACCUGUGGCCUCGAUCUGUCAAGGCCCGUGAGACUCUUUUGACUGAGGCUCGCGCUACCAACUACGGUGUUGUUCGCCUGGAGCUCAUUGAGCACCUCUUCGAGAAGAUGUAUGACCAGAAGCGUGAGAUCAGUGACGAUGAGACACAGUGGCCUCACAGAAUUCUCGCUGGCCGUGAGAUUGCCAGCGUCGACACCAAGGGUGACGCUCUCGAGAUCAAGGUCCAACGCGUGAAUGAUGGCCCUCUCGAUGGCUUUGUCGACCAGGAGACUUUUGAAGUUGAUCUCAUCGUUGCUGCCACCGGUUACAAGCGAAGCGCUCACGUCGACAUGCUCAAGGACGCAUGGACAAUGCUCCCCAAGACCGUGUCGGGACGCAACGAGUCCCCCAAGGGUGUCAAUGGCUGGAACGUCGAGACACAAGAUGGCGAGCGCAAGCUGGCCGUUGGAAGGGAUUACAGAGUCAAGUUCUCCCCUGGCACUGUUGCCGACGACUCUGGCGUCUGGCUGCAGGGCUGCUGCGAGGGUACUCACGGGCUGAGCGACACCCUCCUCUCCGUCCUGGGCACUCGUUCAGGCGAGAUUGUUGAAUCUAUUUUCAAGCAAUAA